UUGUAGUCGAGCAUCUUGUUUCUACUCUUUCUGGGUAUUGUGUGGAUGCUUACUUUUUCUGGAAAUCUGUAUCUUUUUUCAGGGUUUUGAUGGAAGCUAAAGACAUGUCAGAGAAGAGAAGCACUGCAGGAGGAGAGGUGGUGAUUCAUGUUUCCGGUGAAGAAAAUCCAAAGGGGCCAAAGGGGUCUUCUCCAAAAGAAGCAGAGGCAUUGGCCACUAAGCUAAAUGAUCAAGAUUCACCCAACAAAGCAUCAACUGAACCUGGUGCUGUUACUGCUGGUUUGGCUAAAUCAGUGCCAGCGAGUAGCCCGUCUUCGGAGACCACAAAUUUUGGUCCAAGUGUAAAUAAGCCACCCAAAAUCCCAAGUUCAGGUAAUGAGCCUCCCUUUUGUCGAAAAUGGUCAUUGGCAAAACCCAAGUCAAGAUUUGGGGAACAAUCUUAUCUUCUUGAAUCUGAUCAAAUGGAAGAGAACAUUUUAGCUAAUCAGGAACAAGUUGGUGUUAAUUCACCUUAUAGACACUCCUUCAAUAAGGCCUCCCCUAAUAACAAGUCUACGAGAAGUAUUAGGACAGAUUCUGCUGUGUCGAAAACGUUAUCAAUGGCUUCUACAGGCCCCAGUGGAGAUGAAAUUGAGGACAUAAUUAAGAAAGUUAAACUGCAUAAAGAGAAGCUUAAGGGAGUGAAACCUAAGGUUGUGAUUGAGUGUGUCGUAUUUUUGCUCCUCCUGGGGUGCUUAAUAGCUAGCUUAACUGUAGAUAAACUACAGGACACCCAUAUUUGGCAUUUGACAAUUUGGAAAUGGUGUGUACUUGUGAUGGUUAUAUUCUGUGGUAUGUUGGUUACUCGUUGGUUUAUGCAUCUUGUUGUUUUCUUGAUUGAGCUUAACUUUCUGCUACAGAAGAAAGUGCUCUAUUUCGUUCAUGGUUUGAAGAAGAGUGUCCAGGUGUUUAUUUGGCUGAGUUUAGUUCUUGUUACCUGGGUUAUUUUGUUUCUUGAUUUUAAGCGAUCAAAGGCUACCACAAAAAUUCUCGAUUAUGUAACCUGGACUCUAGUAAGCAUUCUCAUUGGAGCAUUUUUGUGGUUGUUGAAGACUUUGCUGUUAAAGAUCUUGGCUUCCAAUUUCCAUAUGAAUAAAUUCUUUGAGAGAAUACAAGAAUCAAUCUUCCAUCAUUACGUGCUUAAGACCCUUUCAGGACGUCCACUUAUGGAGAUUAAUGGGAUUCCAAAGGCGCCAGCUCAUUUGACUGUUAGCAAUGCCAAAAAGGGUAAGGCAAAAACGAAAAAGCUUAUUGACAUGGGAAAGGUCCAUAAAUUGAAGCGAGAAAAAGUUUCGUCUUGGCACAUGAAGGUGUUGAUAGAUGCUAUCACAAAUUCAGGGCUUUCCACUAUCUCCUAUACAUUAGAGGAAAGUGCUUAUGAUGAAGGUGGCGAACAGACCGAUAAAGAAAUUACUAGUGAGGAGGAGGCACACUAUGCUGCUUAUAAAAUUUUCUCAAAUGUUGUCCGAAAUGAUGGUGAUCACAAUCACAAUUACAUUGAUGAGGAUGACCUCUCAAGGUUCAUGAUUAAGGAGGAGGUGGAUCUCGUGUUUCCAUUGUUUGAAGGAUCAAGCACUAAAAAAAUUUCCAGAAAAAGUUUCACAAACUGGGUGAUCAAGGUUUACAAUGAUCAGAAAACACUAGCACAUGCUUUGAGUGACACCAAAACAGCUGUAAAGCAAUUGAAUAAACUUGUGACAGUGGUCCUGAUUAUUGUUACUGUUAUCAUAUGGCUUCUUCUGACGGAAAUUGCGACCACAAAAGUGCUUGUUCUCAUUUCAUCACAGCUUGUAGUGGCAGUUUUUAUGUUUGGAAACACCUGCAAGAAUAUAUUUGAAGCUAUCAUAUUUGUAUUUGUGAUGCAUCCAUUUGAUGUUGGUGAUCGUUGUGUGGUUGAUGGUGUUCAGUUGUUGGUUGAGGAAAUGAAUAUUUUAACCACCGUCUUCUUGAAGCUUGAUAAUGAAAAGGUGUACUACCCAAAUUCAGUUUUGGCUACAAAGCCCAUCAGCAACUAUUACAGAAGCCCUGAUAUGGGUGAUACUAUAGAGUUCUCCAUUGAUUUUAUGACCCCAGCAAUAACGAUAGGCAGGCUGAAAGAAGAAAUAAAGAAGCAUUUGGAGGCCAAUAAUACCCUGUGGCAUCCUAACCACCUUGUGGUGGUGAAAGAGAUUGAGAAUGUGAAUAAGUUAAAGAUGGCUCUCUAUUGUAAUCACACAAUGAACUUCCAGGACUUCAGAGAGAAGAACAGGCGUAAAAGUGAACUGGUCAUUGAAUUGAAGAGAAUUUUUGAGGAGCUGGGUAUAAGAUACAACUUCCUUCCCCAGCAUGUGAAUCUCAACCGAGUCAAUCAAGAUAGGCCAGACGCAACAUAUGUGACCGCCUAAUCAUUAUUGCUUUUUGCUCAAGAGUGUUUUGUAUGGUGAGAUGGCAACUGGCAGAACUUUAUGGGAGCUUUGGCUAAGAGUGAUAAUGAAGCCCUUUAGUUGUGGUAACCUAACAUGGAUGAGGGGAAAAUGGUUCCGCACAAGACGUUCCAGGUGGUAAAUAUAAUAUAUAUAUAUAUAUAUAUAUUAUUUUGUCCAGUAAGAUUCUGAGAUGUAAGCUUAUUAUUGUAUCUAUGGAAUUGAAGGGUUAAAGACCAAUGCUAUGUAGCAUUGUGGUUUGUUUCAAGUUUUCCUUAUUAAGAUAAAUGUUUUAACUCUUGCGAUAUUUCAAGUCUCUGAUCCAUUAUUCAUAUAUUUGUCGGGAAGAAUUCAUUCUCUGAAACUAGU